AGUAUGAAUUGGUGAAUAUAGCGAACGAAAUCUAAAUUUAGAGUUUAGCAGAUUUACCAGUGUAUUAGAAAAACCUUAAGAUUUAUUAUGAUUGCUUAAUGUCGACUUAGUUGAAACUUGCGAGGUAUGAUAUGAGGAUAUCCACAUUACGUGCAGAUACGUUUUUCACAAAGACUGUAGCAGUUUGGGAAACAGUCAUUAUUUUUUUAACCAUUCUUGGCAAGACUGGUAAAGGUAUGGAGACAUGUCCAACUGUGCAACAAACAGCAAGGCGAGUACAGAGGUGUCCGAUGAAUGAAACUGAAUGGGAGAGUGCUGCAACAUACAAGAAAUGUGGAGAGUUGAACCGAAACUGUACAUUUCCCACACAUUUUAAAUACCACUGCGCUCUGAAUGUGUUUUUGAACGAAACAUGGGAAGUGUGCGCUCCAGAGAGAUAUAUGCUGGGGUACUGCAUAGAAUACAAUAAGUUUGGAAAUCGGAUACAAGACAACUACAGGAGGAAGUGUUUAGCAAUGGACCCUCCCUGUCCAGUUAUCUACAAAUCAACAGAAGCCUACAGAUACCAAGAGUGUUACCAAAAGGUCAAACCAUCACUAGAUAUAUACGGGACAACGACAUAUAGUAAUACCCACACAACAAUGUCCAGUAAUGCCAAUACAAUGGGUGAAACAAACGAAGAAAAAGACAAUGGGAAUGUCAAUUUGAUAGUUGUACUAUCAUCCUCCAUUGGAGUUGUUGUGUUAUUCAUUAUGAUGGUGGUGUUUGUCUCCUCGGAGCAGAAGAGAAUAUAUUUAUUGACGAAAAACCUUCCUUCAGAUUCAAAGAAGACAGAAGAUCGAAUUAAUGAAGUUGAAUUACAUCCCUUUUAUAGUUCUAGUGAAUAAAACAUGCCUCGACCUCUUGAUUCAUAUUAACAAAAUAUCCACCAACAUCUUUAUCGCACCAUACGUAAUACCAAACAAGAGGUACGCUGAUUUCUGAUCUAUACCUGAUCUAGCUGAUGAACGGGAAGACAUAUUUCUAUGAAGUCAUAUACACAUUUACAAAAAGUUUUGCAACACAUUUACAUGUAUGUUGUUUAUCGUGCACACAUAUAUUUAUUUAUUGUAAGACUGCUCUUCUAUUUGCAGAAAAGAAAAGUUUUUAACUACAAUGAUUACAAAUUUUAAGUGAGGAGUAGUCAUAUAUUUUACAAGUGUGAGGUUUUUGUAUUUUUAUACAUGUAUGUACUUCCCCAUGAAGUAUUUUCUUACUUUUGUUGAAGCGAGCACACAAUGUAAUGUACAUAGAUUUAAACUAUUAAAAACAGUUCUGUAGAUUAUAACCUAUAGAAUGUAUCUAGCAUUAUUUUCACGAGAUAUUUCUAGUGAUAUAUUGAGAAUAUUCAUAAUAAUGCGUUUUUGUGUGUACAUAUCAACAUCAUGCAGUUUGAAGGAUCGUAUGUUAGAAUUAACGUGUGUCCAUUAUAGAAAUUACUGUAAGUUAACGAAGAUACGCUCGCUUCUACGGGAAUUCCAUAUUACACGUAUUAUUACAAAUGAAUUACCUUGCUUUAUUCAUGUAUACCAUUGUGAAAUAGUGUAUUGGGCUGCAGAUCUCAUUUUUCACGCCAUGUGUAUCUCUACUUUCUCUUUUGCUUGACGUUGUACCGCGCACGUUACAUAUGUCAUUUCCGGUGGCGUUUUACCUAUCUGUUUAAGGAUCCGCCAACGAAAUAUUCUUGCUCCAGUAAAUUUUGGCAUUAAUACCAGAACUAUUGCUUUGGAGGUAAUUAAUUAAUUACUUAAAUUAGAUUCAAUUAGACUAGUGCUAUUUUCCAGUUUAUUAAUAGUUCAAUAUUAAUCCUAGUUAUAUAUGAACUAUUUUCCAGUCACAAUUUUGGUUGGAUUUCCAACGGAAUCCGUUCCCGUUGGAACGAAAUCGUUGGACGAGGGUUUAAAAGAGGGAGCGCGCGUCCCCACGGGGACUCCAACCUUUUCUACUUUAUUAGAUAGAUGUAGGUAUUAUUUUAAGUUAGAAAUGAUUAGGUUUUAGUAAGAGGGGGGAUGAAGUAAAUUUUAUUGCUAUUUUAUGUGACUUUUAGUGAGUUGUAAUAUUCAUUGAUAGGGAUACAGCAUAUCAUUUCUAUUAGGAUUAUAGACGACUGCAGCCUUGCGCUAUAUUUUUUAGAUUGUGUUCAGUGCCAUAAUUUAUUAACGCUAUUUGUUAUUUCGUUGAAUAAACCUUGUAAAC